CCCACACUCGGGUGACCCCCCUCCCCAGGAAGGUCUCCAUGGGGCUGUGCCACCAUGGUGGUCCCUCUUGGCUGGGGUAUGGGCAUGCACUGUGUUUGCUGCAGGAGGUUUGAGACCAAAUGUGUCUGGGGUGGUCAGCACGGCCAGGGCGCUACUACUGGGCUGUGCUGUGCUGUGCUGGUGGGGAGAGGCUGUGACCUGCUGGGCUUCAGCUCACCCUGGCCAGGAGGCCCCGGGGUGCUGGGCUGUGUGGAGAUGUCUCCCCUCUGUACAUAGUCUGUAUUUAUCAAUAAAGCCUUUUCAUCCAUCCUCUGGCCCCUGGGGCAAGUGUGGGGGGCUGUCACCUGCAGCCGUGGGAGGUCCCUGUGCCUCAUCUGCAUCUGCUUGCAUGUCAGGAUGGGCACAAGGAGAGCCCAGGCACCCCCUCUCCCUGGUGCCACCCUCACCCCAUCCUGCCAGCCCCAGCUCUUUGCCUGCCUGGGCCCUUUCCCAUACUGCCAGCCUUAUCCCUUUGCCAUCCUGGCUGGUUGCUGAUGGGGGACCAUCCCCUCCCUCCCAGAGCUUCCCCUCUGGAGGUUUCAGCCUGUGUCUGCCCUGAGGCCAGUCCAUGAAGGGGUAUGGUCCCAAGACCACCUUUAUGGCCACCAUUGCCUGUCCUGAUGAAAACGGUGCCUUUCUGCAUCUGGAGGCUGUGGCACCAAUGGGUCAGGGCUCCCAAGGGUGGCCCUGGGAACUGCCCAGGAGGGUGACAGUGAUGUGUCCCCAUUUGUCAUUCACGCAGGUCUUGUGCUGGGGGCUGUGCCCAGCGCAUUAACUGUUCCUGCACAGGGCAGCACCGGCCUCAUCUUACAGAGAAGAGCAAAGCCCAGGGGGGCUGAACAAUGUCCUCACUGCCGGGAAUAGCUGCCGGCUCUGCCUGCCGGCCCCACGUGAGGCUGGUCCUGCUGCCAGGCUGCCCUUGUGUGGCAAGGGAGGCUGGGCAAGCACCAGGACCCUGGCAGGGCUGCUCGGAAGGUUCCACACCUGAGGUCAUCCUCCAAACCUGCACAGCGGAGCGGCUGUGGCUCCUGGCACAUGUGCUGUCUGCUGGCUGGGAUGUUUGAGGGGGCCCCUUUGCCUCCCUCUGGGGUGGGCAGCAACUCCCUGCCCAGAUGCCAGGGAGCCUCAAGUGAUGCAGGUGGACAUGGAGCUGGAAGUGCAACGGGCCAAGGAGCUCAUCGAGCAGAAGCUGGCAGAGGAGGAGGAAGAGGAGAAGGAGAAGCAACACAAAUGCGAUGGCGCGCGGGAGCUACCAGCUGUGGAGCGGAUGAACACACCUGAGCUGGAGGAGGAGAAACUCCAUGGCCCCAGGAACCGGGGCCUCGAGGCCAUAAAGGGCCAGGAGCGGGUGCGGAAGAGCUCAGUGGACCUGCGGCGGGAGAUCAUUGACGUGGGCAGCAUCCAGCGCCUCAUCGAGCUCCGCAAGCAGCGCCGGCAGCGCCGGGAGGAGCGGGCGGCCACACCCGAGCCCCCCCCGCCGCCGGAGUCCUUGGAGAUCGAGGGUCCCGUGGAGCCAGAGACCUUCCUGCGAGCCGCAGUCCAGGGCAAGAUGCACAUCAUCGAGAAGUUCCUGGCAGACGGUGGCUCCCCCAACACGUGUGAUGAGUUCCACCGCACGGCCCUGCACCGCUCCUCGCUGGAGGGACACACGGACAUCCUGCAGAAGCUGCUGGACAGCGGGGCCACUGUUGACUUCAGGGACCGGCUGGACUGCACCGCUGUGCACUGGGCCUGCCGGGGUGGGCACCUGGACGCUGUGAAGCUGCUGCAGGACCGCGGGGCAGACCUCAACUUGAAGGACAAGCUGCUCAGCACCCCCCUCCACGUGGCCACCCGGACCGGGCACCCUGACAUCGUGGAGCACCUCAUCCACUGCGGGGUAGACAUCAAUUCCCCAGACAGGGAAGGCGACACGGCGCUGCACGACGCCACACGGCUCAGCCGCUACAAGAUCAUCAAAAUGCUGCUCCUGCACGGGGCUGACAUGAUGGCUAAGAACCAGGCUGGCAAGACCCCAACGGACCUGGUGCAGCAGUGGCAGGUGGACACACGCCAGGCACUAGAGACCAAGGAGCAGCCGCAGAAUGGGAUGGAGGUUCCUGCCUGACAGCGCCAGGCAGGGACCAGGGACCGGGCUGGGCUCCAAGGAGCAGGAUCCAGCCGAGACUUGUCCGUGUCAAUAAAAGCCAGCAAAGAGCA